AUGCGAGCCUUUCGGGAACCCCUCCCUCCUGGCGCAAGUCUAGUGCAACGCCUAGGCCAUCACGCCCAAGCUCGAAUGCGACAGAGGUUCUCUUCAGGCACCCCUGUACCGUCUCAACCAUCUCUGCCUCUCCCUCUCCAGGUGGAAUGCGAGAAUAUCGCCGACACAGCUUUCAUUGCCCUUCAGAAUGAAGAAACGCUUGACUGGUCCUUAACAGACUGGUACAGCAAGAAUCGCAAGCGCUCUGCGGUCGCCGACGAGAGUUCAAUAAAUGCGAUGGAAUCCGCGUUCCCACCGUCCUCUAGGGUGAAUCGUCUGGGUAAACCGAUCCUCAGGCAAACACCUUGUGUGGUCAAGGAUCGCAAUGGACGAAUUCUGACAUGGUAUCUUCCCAACGUCAUCCUCCCUGAACGACAAAAGGAAAUCGAAGACGCCAUUCGGUGGCACUCCUCUACUCAUGAAUCAUCUCCCUUCCUCGUGAGGGACAAUGGCAACUAUCGCGACCACGCCUCACUUUUCACCCAGGGGGAGGACUUGAUGUUCAAGCCAGGCGUAGUCACUUACGCCUCCGCGUGGCCGAUGCAGGGCCACCCGGAUACCUUGGCCCCUUCUGCCAACCUCAAAAACCGGCGGCAGGGUAGCCUUGAGUUCAUCGAGCGGAUCUCUGAGAGUGUUGCUGUCCUCGGGGCGAUUCUGGCAGUCAUACAUCCCGCUCUUUUUGAAAUGGGCUUGGAGAUGCUGGCUGGGCUCAAUUCGGGCAUCAUCCCUGCCGGGGACCUUGAACAUCUCAGAACACUCCUCAAGUACUGGAGCUCGCCAUUCACCGCCUUCUCCCUCAUCAACAACCGGCGGACUGAUCUCCACCGCGACGUCUGUAGUCCAGUAUAUGUCUACGACUUGCUCUACACCGGCGGUAAUUAUGUCAAUGGUCGAAUCGAGAUUCGAGGUAUCGGUAUUAGGUGUCGCUACGACCCAGGUACUGUUGUAGCGACAUUGGCAUCGUGCUUCCCUCAUGGCGUUCCUCCCGUGGACGGCGAGCGCGUUUGCAUCGCCCAUUUCUUCCGUGAACAAGCUCUGGAACAUCUCCCCUUUUAUCAACCCCCAGUAUUGCCUACACACCUCACGUUGAACCAUUUUUAUAACCACAAUCAUUAG